UCAGUCACAUGUUCCACUCUCUUCACAUUCUCUAUCGUUCCAAACUAAUCUAACCUUAAAUAGCCAAAUAUUUUUACUAUCUCAUUCUCCAUUUCUUUCAUUUUUAUCAAACAAGUCCCCUGCCUGUUUCUCUCUUCACUUCAUACGAUAACCUUAUGGAAUUUUCCGGCAAGAGUACUACUCACCACCACUUGGACGGCAAGUUUGGCGAAACUACGGAAGGGAAGAAAUGGGUCAUCACCGAAAUCUCCUUACCUUCUCCAAUGAAGCCGACGAUUAGCCUCUCUUCCUCUGCCUUAGCCAACACGGAAAACGAAGAUCUCUUGUGUCCAACGACUCCAACGGCGGCUUCCGUUAGAAUACCGAAGGUGUUUACGUGUCCUCCGCCGCCGAAGAAACCGAAACCGUCGUUGAAGUUUAGCUAUUGCGGUGGCGCUAGAGAGUUCUUCUCUCCACCGGAUCUUGAAACGGUCUUCUUACACAGAACUAAUUAG